AUCAUAGAUAAUAGUACAGUUUAUUAUCUAUAUUUACAUUUUAAUUUUUACACCAUGUAUAAUCUAUGUUUUACACAUAUUAAGUGUAUAAUCUAUGUUUUACACUAUUUGUGUUAAGGAAAUAAUGCUCCGUUGUUUACGCUUAUAAAUUAUAGAAUUGAAUCGAAUAAAAAUGGUAGUAGCAAUAGGAUUUGAGGGAAGUGCAAACAAACUGGGAAUUGGUAUAGUUAAAGAUGGAGAAAUCUUGGCCAAUUGCAGAAGAACGUACAUAACCCCACCCGGUGAAGGGUUUCUUCCUAGAGAAACUGCGGAGCAUCAUCAACAAAACAUUCAUGAAGUAUUGCAAGAAGCUUUGGACCAGUCUGGUCUCAAUCCAGAUGAAAUUGACGUUGUCUGUUAUACCAAAGGACCUGGUAUGGGGGCGCCAUUGAUGGUGUGUGCAAUUGUUGCCAGAACAUGUGCUAAACUAUGGAAAAAACCUAUUUACGGUGUAAAUCAUUGUAUUGGACAUAUAGAAAUGGGAAGGUUGAUAACCAAAGCAAAUAAUCCAACAGUGCUAUAUGUGAGUGGAGGGAAUACACAAAUUAUAGCAUAUUCAAGAAAAAGAUACAGGAUAUUUGGUGAAACUAUUGAUAUAGCUGUUGGCAACUGCUUAGAUAGGUUUGCUAGAGUUUUGAAAUUGUCUAAUGCUCCAAGUCCAGGUUAUAACAUAGAACAAGCUGCUAAAAAAGGAAAAAAGUAUUUGCCCUUACCAUAUUGUGUUAAAGGAAUGGACGUAAGUUUUUCUGGUAUCCUAUCGUACAUGGAGGAUAAAAUUGACGAAUUAUUGAAAGAAUAUACUCCGGAAGACUUAUGUUAUUCUUUGCAAGAAACUGUUUUUGCAAUGCUAGUGGAGAUCACUGAACGAGCUAUGGCUCACUGCGGUUCUGAUGAGGUAUUAAUAGUAGGUGGAGUUGGGUGCAAUGAGCGACUUCAAGAGAUGAUGGGAGUAAUGUGUCAUGAACGAGAGGCUAAGAUAUUUGCUACCGAUGAGAGAUUUUGCAUAGAUAAUGGAGUGAUGAUAGCAUAUGCUGGUGCCCUUGCUCAUGCUUCUGGCACUCGCAUGGAUUUCAAAGAUGCAACAAUUACACAAAGAUAUAGGACAGAUGAUGUUCUUGUUACGUGGCGAGAUGAUUAAAUAUUUAUACUAUAA